UUGAGGACUUCCGGUCAACUCUGCUUGUGAUAAUCCAAGAAUCAAGAUAAUCUAAAAUAGCUAAUAGUCCCUAUUAAAUUCUCAAUUCAAGAAUUGCUCACAACCUAUUUGGAAAAAGUCCCACUUGAAGAAAAAGUUGAAAACUUUGAGAUAAAGGGUUGUGAUUAUUCUGGAUUUCUUGAUUAAAUUCAGCUAAAUGGGUAAAGGAGGGGGUUGUAUGCCAAGCAAGAACAAGUUUCCUAUAAAUGAAUCAGCAGAGAGACCAGCGAGUCAAACUGAUAUUACAGGGUCAGAAGCAGAAGGGUCCAAGAAGUUGAGAAUAUUCAUUGUGUUUUAUUCAAUGUAUGGACAUAUUGAAAGAUUAGCUAGAAGGAUGAAAAAAGGGGUAGAUGGGAUUGAAGGUGUUGAAGGGGUUCUGUAUAUGGUUCCUGAAACUUUAGCACCAGAUGUUUUGGAACAAAUGAAAGUCCCCCCAAAAAAUGAUGAGAUUCCAGUGAUAUCUGUGGAUGAUCUUAUGGAAGCUGAUGGAUUCUUGUUUGGAUUUCCUACAAGAUAUGGAUGUAUGGCAGCUCAGAUGAAGGCAUUUUUUGACUCCACAGGGAAGUUGUGGAGAGAACAAAAGCUUGCUGGAUUGCCUGCAGGGUUCUUUGUAAGUACUGGUACACAAGGAGGUGGGCAGGAGACCACAGCCUGGACAGCAGUCACUCAGUUAGCUCACCAUGGGAUGCUCUAUGUUCCAAUAGGAUACACAUUUGGAGCAGGAAUGUUUAGAAUGGAUUCAAUAAGAGGAGGCUCUCCAUAUGGAGCAGGAACUUUCUCUGGAGAUGGUAGCAGGGAACCUAGUGAACCAGAGUUGGCGCUGGCCGAGCACCAGGGCAAGUACAUGGCAAUGACAGUUAAAAGAUUGGCUCAGCACUAUUCCUUACCACCUGAUAAUGCCAGCUCCCGGCGUUCUUAGAAAUUGAAAAAUGGCCAAAUUUACCCUUCUACUAUGUGAAAUGUCUUAAUUUUAAGUUAUACUUUGGGGUCAUUCAUACCUUUCUCGUUAAGAAAUCGUCUUUGUAUCUGUAUUUGCCUUUAAUAGAGCUCCAAAGUGAACCAAUUGAUAAGGCUUCAAUUUGCCCCUCUACUUUUCACUAUACUUUAAAAUUACCUCCUUCGGUUAUACUUCAGGUUGGAGUUCCGUUAGGAGCGAGAACGGCAAGGGUGUGGAUGUCCUUAAAAAGAAUAACACAUCAGUAAAUUCAAAAUCUUUCAUUUA